AUGUUGAGUAGGAAAAAGACUUCGAAGAAAGGCACCUCGUCCGCAAAUGUCCAUGAAGAGCUCCUCGUGCCGAAGAUCGAGUUUGUGCCUCAUUCGGUAGAUCCGACUAAGAACGAGAAGUGGUGGGUUGCGAGAUAUGGUUCGAUCACACCUCCCAACGAGAAAUCGUUCCCAGUCUUGAACCAUCGUUUGGUCGAAGAAAAUGCACCGAGUAGGAGCACUAGCGACUUUCUUCGGACGGUGUGGUCGUUCUACCGAAUUCCAGACACGGUGGAAUUCCGGCUUCCUCGUCAAGGAGAGUGUUCUAGUAGUCCCCCGGAGGGUUACUUUACUUGUUAUGAAGCAUUCAUAGUGCGCUGCCGCUUGUGGUUCCCGAUUCUCGAAAUCAAUGUCCGCGUGCUGGAUCGUUUUGAGGUGUCGAUAAGUCAACUAAACCCCCACAGUAUCCAGCACCUUGUUGGCGUUUUGAUCUUGAGUUACGAGCACGGUCUCUCCCUUUCCGUCGACCACUUCGAUGCACUUUUCAGGUUGCAGAUCGUUCGGAAUACGGAUAACUACCAACUCGUCCCUCGGAACUUCAUGUCGGUGGUCAAGGGGUUUCUUUCCAACUUCAACUCGUGGAAGAAAUUUUUCUUCUUCGUUCGUAUAAACGCUGCGUCUGUCGAAGAGAGUUGCAUUCUAUUGUUCUGGAGCCUGCUAAACGAUCGUCCCUUCAUCAAUCUGAUUGCUCCGUUUCCUGAAGAUACGAUCGCAGUGAGGGAUCUUCUCAGGAAUGGUCCGUUUUUCUGGACCUCCUUCACGCUAAAUAGAGUUCGAAAGGCGUUGAGGCUUGCGCAUCCCGGUCCUGCUUCGGGCGCAGAAACAGACAGCGACUCCGAGCCUGAUGCUCCGGGUUUCGAUAUUGCUCCCGCGGGCACGACGGGGUUGAGUUCCUCGAAGGAUUAG